CUAUGUGGGCUCUGAGCCAAGGCGGUAGGACGGAGUUUGAACCGCUGCAGCGCACUCUGACAUAACACUUCGGUGUGUUUUUUUUUUCACGGCUGUGCGUGGACACUUUGAAAACUUACCAGAAAAGUAUCACCGGUGAUGCGUAAAACCAGUUGGGCCUUUUACGCGCACGGUUUGAGACACGUAGGAUGAAGGGAACGGUUUGCGGUUUUCUUCCCUGCUCGUUUUUUCCUGCAGUUUUUGGAAUAUAGCUGGGAAAGUCUUGGGUCAUGCAGCGUGUCAACAACCGUGCGUAUAUUUUUUCCUCCGUGGUGGGCCAGGGGAGGAGAUGAGCUCUCAGGAUGGGACUGUGUCUCGGUACCGAAGUUACAGAGGAGGAGAAGAAGGCGAGGACGCACAGCGCCAAGAUAGACCGAGACCUGUACGAGUAUGCCAAACGGGAGAUGAAUGUGGUUAAAAUACUCCUGCUAGGUGCAGCUGAAAGUGGGAAAAGCACUUUGGUGAAACAGAUGAAGAUCAUCCACAGCAACGGAUUCACCAAACAAGAGCUGAGCAGCUUCAAGCCAGCAGUGCUCGAUAACCUCUUGACCUCCAUGAAGUUUGUCCUCCAUGGCAUGGGUGUCCUCCGCAUCAACCUGGCCAACAGUAGGAACAAGGUCCACGCCCAUUCUGUCCUGUCAUGUGGGCGGUGUUUUGAUGAAGAACAGGUGUUGUUUCCUUUCCUGAGCCACGCCCUGUCCUGUCUGUGGGCCGACCAGGGGGUCCGGGCUGCUGCCACCAGGGGAUAUGAGUAUGAGCUGAAUGACUCUGCACUGUAUUUCUUUGAGAACAUGACCCGUAUCACGUCUUCAGACUACGUGCCCACAGAGACAGACGUUCUGCGAGUACGACUGAGGACGACUGGCGUGAUUGAGACGCAGUUUAAAGUCAACCACCUCAUAUUCAGGAUGUACGACGUCGGAGGCCAGAGAACUGAACGGAGGAAGUGGAUCGGUUGUUUCGAGGAUGUCAGGGCGGUGUUGUUUGUGGUGUCUCUCAGUGGUUACGACAUGACCCUGGUGGAAGACCCUUCAAUGAACCGUUUGCAGGAGAGCAUGAAGCUCUUCUCCUCCAUCUGCAACAACAUUUUCUUCCGCAGCACAUCCAUGAUUUUAUUCAUGAACAAGAUAGACCUCUUUCAGGACAAGAUCUUACACUCUGGAAGGCACCUGCGUUUGUACCUGCCACAGUUUAAAGGUGCAGACUGUGAUGUCGACUCGGCCGCUCGCUUCAUCGCCGCCACUUUCGUGUCACUCAACGACACGCCCAGCAAACUCAUCUACCACCACUUCACCACGGCGACAGACACCUCCAACAUCCAGGUGGUCUUCCAGGUUGUGAUGGACACGAUAAUUAAAGAGAACCUGGAGGCUGUGUCGCUGCUGUGACAGCCAGUGGAGGUCUGGGCACAUGGAAUCAAAUACUUUUUUGGAUGACUAAAACUCAAACAUGAAGAUGAAAACCAUUUCCAGCAUCUCUAAAUCUACUGUUUUAUCUCAUGAAGUGUGAAUGGGGAGCUCGAAUGCUCUUCACUACUGUUGCAUUUCAUCCCCUGCGAAGCUGCUUGUCCCUGACUCUUGAAAACUAUAACAAAACACAUCGAAGGAAAAGAACCACUUGGCUUUGUGUUUACAAUAAAGGGCAUUUUUGUACUGUACUAUAAAACCCAAUUAGACUUUAAACAUUGACUUUGCUCAUUUCAACACUCGAUUUAUGCUGUUUAUUUGCCCACCUCCGCCUGUGCAAGUAUGUGGGCAGGACACAGAGGAAGUGAGGAUUUACUGUUUGUUCGUUAGUUCCUCUAAGCGGUGUUCACUCAUGCAUACCAUCAUGUGUUUUCCCCUCAUCCAUCACUUUGUCUCUGCUGAGCCCAAGCACAUUAUGUGCGUCACCCCCUUCUAAUGAAGCCUUGAUCACCUUAAAAGCACCUCAGUUUGUUUACUCACCAGGAGCUGAAAUCACCCACGAUCCGUUCAUUUCAGUCAGCGCCUUCACUCUUCCCCUGACUCUCACAUGUAAACGAUGAUCCUGGAAAACUGUAAUAUCCCAUUAUAAAAUGGGAAGAAUGUUUGUAUGGAUGCUGCCAAAUCAUAUCCCCGAAGGUUCCAGCUUUACUGGUUAAUUCCCCUCCAUUUAUCUCCAAUGAUUUUUGCUUCAACAUUUAAAACACAAUGCACUCAUAAAGCCUCAUUUCUCCAUCUUCUACAUGUCUUUGCAUGGCAUUAACUUAGCUGGAGUCUGAAGGCUCCCCUGAGCAGCUGACUUAUCACAGCACAGUGUUGGUUCUUCAGUAAUAAACAUGAUACAGUGAUGGUU